CACGGCGCCGCUGAAUCUGCCACGCUCAUCCUUCAUAGCCCGCGCAGCCCACGUAAACUACUCACCCUACAGUCUCCCUCACCCUCACCUCGUUGCCCGCGUAAUGUCUCUCCCCUCGGCCACGGUUGCGUGGUCACGGCCAAUGCAGUCACCUGCCUACAACACAGUCCAGCCACGCACAACGCUCCACGCUGCUCCUUCAGACGUGGGCACCGCGACCUCCAAGGCCGACAAGGCGAAAAAGGUCGAGUGGCCCCCUGCGGUCCGUGACUACGUUCGACGUGCCUUUGACCCUGCCAACGCCAUCCCCAACAUCUCGAGCUCCGAAAUGCAGACCAAGCUGAAGGAGACCAUCAGCUUCUACGCCGAACGCAACCAGCAGGACGCCAUCGACUGGCCCACAUAUCCCCUGCCACAGGAGCUGUUGCAGGAAGAGCGGAGGAAGGCUGCCCUCGCCAGCGGCUUCUCGGACGCACCCACUAACGCGUCAUCUCCCUCGCAAUUGAAGAAGCGCAAGUCUCAAGAUCCAGACGACGCCCCCGUCGACGACGCGCAGGCUACCGUCCCACCCUGGCGAAGAACUAACCUAGCAUCCCGUAUGACCUUUGUCCAAGGACACAAUGAAAAGCGCCACAAGAAGAAUGUACCGUCUGAGGACGCGUUAAGUAAGUUUGAUCAGCUCGAGCUGGAGAAGCGUCGCCAGCGCUUUCAGCUCGGAAAACCAGACAAAAAGUCGUCGCCACCCUGGAAAGACGAGGACGACACGCUCGCCGGGCCCGUUGUCGGACUCAACCAGAGCCUCGAGAAGAGCUACUUCCGCCUGACAGCGCCUCCCAAGGCCGAGACGGUCCGUCCUUUGCACAUUCUGCACAAGACGCUGGCCAUGCUCACGCAGAAGUGGAAAACGGAGAAGAACUACAACUACAUCUGCAACCAGUUCAAGUCGCUGCGUCAAGAUCUUACCGUGCAACACAUCAAGAACGCCUUCACCGUCAAAGUAUACGAAAUACAUGCCCGGAUAUCGUUGGAAAAGGGGGAUUUGGACAAGACCCAAGAAUGGAUUAAGCAUGCACUUGAUGUCCGCUCUGCCCUCGCCCUUGGCAACUACCACAAGUUUUUCAGACUGUACCUCGUAGCACAGAACAUGGGCGGCUAUCUCAUGGACAUGUUCAUCGAGCGUGAGCGUCUCAAUGCUCUCGCUAACAUGUCUAGAGCGUACGUAUUCAGUUUGUGUCUUCCUCGCAACAUGUCGCUGACCAGCAACAGCUACACUAGUAUCUCGCUCCGAUUCCUUACUGACGAGCUUGGCUUCGACAACGAUGAGGCAUGCUGUGAAUUCCUCGCCCUGCACAACGCACGACACAUUGUCGAACAGAAAAUGGACGGGAACAAGGACGCCCAAUUUCGCGUGAAAAUCCGAGACGCUGCAUCAUUAUUUGAGAAUCUCCGUGCCGCCGCUUUCAGCAAAAUAGACAUCAAAGGCCAAAUAUGAGGUGGAUUUCGAUUGCUUGGACAUCUUUCAUCUCUGCGCAUCUCAAUCACCAUUUCGAUUUCCUCGUUCAUGACGUUACUUUCCUUGUCGAUACCCUGCGCCACGUUUGCGUCACUAGGUUUUUUGGUUACCGUUCAAGGCUGUGUUCCGGACAGCGAUAUCCCGGUUUCGGUAUCCACAGUACCAUGUUUCAAACGGAUCGCGGGAUCUCCG